UUGCAGAAUCACUCUUUCCAAAGGCGUCCGCGGUGACAAGAAGCUACUCGGCGUGGUAGCGGGGUUUUUCCUUCCAGUUUUUUUUGACAAGCCAGGAAAGGAGAAUAAAGGAGAGGCCGAAGCUGCCCACCCAUGGCUAGGGGCUCCCGCUCCAGCAAGCACCCUCGCUCCCAGGGGUGGGGAGAUCAGCGGUAAAAACCAAAACAAAGGGCCAAAUCAGCGUGUGGGAGGUGUGCUCCUGUUCUCAGAUCACCGGCAAUGUUGCUGUUUUUAUCCUGACAAAUAAGAAGCUUUUGUAAACAACAACAAGCCUUGGACAGAGCAGAGGACUUGACUCUUUGAAAAGAUGACUGUGUGCUAUUAUAAUAUGACAGUAGAGUUCUUCUAUAACAACAGUGGAAAAGAGCUAUUCCAUGAAUGGAGACCCAAGGAUAUCUUGGUGGUUGCCCUUGGCUUGACAGUCAGCAUCAUUGUACUGCUCACCAAUUUGUUGGUUAUCACAGCCAUUGUUAUCAACAAGCGAUUCCACUAUCCUAUCUAUUACCUCUUGGGGAAUCUGGCUGCAGCUGAUCUUUUUGCUGGGAUUGCAUACAUGUUCCUGAUGUUUCACACUGGGCCAAGGACAGCUAAACUCUCUCUGAAGACUUGGUUUAUCAGGCAGAGCCUCUUGGACACCAGCCUGACUGCCUCAGUUGUCAACCUUUUGGCCAUUGCAGUGGAGCGUCACCAGACAAUUUUCACCAUGCAGCUCCAUAGCAAGAUGUCCAACCAGAGGGUAAUUAUUCUCAUUGGCUGCAUCUGGAUAACAGCCCUGCUACUGGGUCUUAUCCCUUCAUAUGGCUGGCACUGCUUGUGUCAGCUGAAUGAUUGCUCUACGAUGGCUCCUCUCUACAGUCGCAGAUAUUUGACCUUCUGGGCACUUUCCAAUCUCUUUAUCUUCCUCAUUAUGGUGGUUGUCUAUACUCACAUUUUCAUCUACGUCAAGCGGAAGAUGGCUCGGAUGUCUAAGCAUACUACAUUUCACCCACGCUACAAGGAAACUAUGAUCAACCUCAUCAAGACGGUCAUCAUUAUCCUCACUUCGGCUCCAGCGAGCCUUCCAGGCUCCACCCAGGCCGUUUCCAGUCUCGGACUGAUCGUGCCUCCGAUCGACUACAGACCCUUCCAGAAGGCACGGGGUGUUAGCCGCAGAGCUUUUCGGAGACCGGACAGCCUCACUGGAGUAUACCGUCGCCGCAAGGCCCCUGCCGACUUCCAGCGGCGAUCCGGAUCGCAGCGGAGGCUACGCAACAAACUAAAACCGCAAGUGCCUCGUUUUCGGCCCCAGAGGCAGGAAAUUCAAAUUGGACAACAAGUUUCCCCUCAGGGUCCCUCAAGACAGGGAAGGCCCGGCCGAAUCACAAACGGCCAUUAAUUUUGGCGUGGACGCCAUUUUGAGAGCCUCGCAAAGCCCUCAGUUACAAUGAUUCAGGCUUCUCUAUCAAGAACCAGGCUCUCUCUUUAUCCUGCCGUGACAGGCACGGAUUGGGGGCAAACUAAAUCGCACUGGGUUUCCUCUUAGGACUGAGAUAAAGGCUACAAAGACCUCCUACUCAUCCACCAGUACGCUCGCCUGGACAGAAAAUCAGUGGCGUGGCCGCCAUUUUGGGUUCCCCAGGCAGCUCCUUGGCCUGCCUCAAAAAUAAUUAUAAGGCCCUUCGGCCUUAUCUGACAGUACAUCAGGCCUUCCAAGGCAUCACAGGCCCUUCAGGCCUUAAGGACUGGGCCAGAGGAUAUUUCUUUAAAGAAAACUUACCUCAACAGGGCCUCAACCUUUGGUCAUUGCAUCCAACAUCCAUUCACAAGGGGGGGAAUUUAUUAGAAUUCAUCUGUCCCAUUUAGCCGCGUGGCGCUGUGCCGCAGGGCCUAACAGAUAGUUCUAGGCGACUAUCUGGCUGUCAGCCAUUGCUGUUGUUCAGAGUUCGGGGCUUCCCUCUCUGACAACCAGAUCUGCAUUCCACCCCCCCUCCCCGGAUAUCUCCUGCCCAGAAUAUCUACGUGGCAAUGGCAGACAGUGCAACUCCUCAGCCAUAGCAGGGCUCUUCUACCCCCCCCCCGCAGAAAAAAAGCGCAGAUCCUCCAAUUUGGAAGCGGCGGGGGGGGGGAACUAAGGCAAAGGCCUUGGCCACUAAGAAGCCCUCCAAAGCCGCUGAGAGAGAGGCCUCGAGGAGACAUCCUGCGCUGGAGAAGGAGUUCUCCAGAGCUCAAAGACUCACCUCCAGUGGAGCAGAAGUAGUUUCCCCCAUCCCACUGGACCGCUCACCAUUUGAGCCUCAAUUCGCGCCUCCCAAUGCUGCCCCUAGGGUAUGGUCUCCUCAGGGGGAAACUGGACAGGUCGGUCCCCCUCUCCCCUCUCUUGCAAACAUUUGGGGAAUUUCCCCCUCCCCUACAAUACAACAAGGCCCGGAAGCCACAUAUACACUUAUGGCAGCUGGCAUCCACCCAACAGAACAACAGGGGAUAUGACCGGACCAAUUUCAGGCCUUUAUGAACCAAGGCUUUGCACAAUACGGCCUCUUCCAUGGGUCAACGGCCUUUAUAGAUGCCCCCGCCUCCCCCGACAUCUCUGCCUCAGACAGGCCCCGCCCUGUUCCCCAGCUCGGGCAAUUAGGAUACAUCCUCUCAAGUAGGAGAGGAUGACUCCAUGGACUUCAAAACUUCUGACUUGCCCAUGUCAGAGGAUGAAGAGACAGCUCCGGAUCUGUCCCUGGCAUCUGGCCUAUUUGAUCCUUCUCUAUUCAGGUCACUGCUACUAAAGGCCUGUACUUUGGCCAACAUCACUCCUGAGUAGGAGCCUAAGCCAGUGGCCACCACCCCCAGGACUCGAACCCUCUGUUCUCAGAGCUGGUGGUCAAGGAGAAGCAGAUUCUCUGCCCGCCCUUCUUCCGUAGCACGGUGGAAAAACAAUGGGCUUCCCUAGGCACUCUUCCCACUCCUAGCGGGACUGAGAAAAAACUUUUCAACGUCUCUUCCUCCUCUUCCCUCCUGGAUGUGCCACUAGUGGACACUCCCCUAACCUCUUUGUUUUCUUCCUCCACCA